UUGGUUUUUGCAUCGCUCAGCUGGUGCGUAGUCGAAGAAGUGCUGCUGAUUUAUUUUGAUAGUGCCAUUUUUGGAAGAAGAAACCUCCGACGCGUAGUUAUGCUCCCGUGUUCCGUGGCCGUCCGCCGGUUCCACUAACGUUACAGCAUCCUUCCCCACGUCGAGCCAUGUUCGAUAUCGUCAACUUCCUGAAGAAUCUACUGUACAACAUGUUGGCGAUAUUCAGCUUCAGCCGGAAGAAGCUCUCGAACAAGCUGAGCAUCUACGUCAAGUCCAACACCGGAAGCACGCUCUCGGUGGACCUGGAACCGCACAUGGACAUCAAGGACGUGAAGGAGAUCGUCGCACCGCAGCUGGGUUUGGCCCCGGACGAGCUGAAGAUUAUCUUCGCCGGCAAAGAACUCUCGGACACGAUCACAAUUAGCGAAUGUGACCUCGGCCAGCAAUCGAUUAUUCACGCGGUCAAGGCCAGGCCGACAAUUCCUUCUUCUCCAUCGAAAAACUUUCAAGCGAACGGCAAACGCCGCCUGAACAGUAUCAUUUCCGAAGAAUCCCCGGAAGAACCGUAUCCAGCCGGUUCGUCGAAGCCCCUCUGCGAAACCAUGUCCGACCUGGAACUGACCGAGGUAAACGAGCGGACGCCCGGAACAAAUUCCAUUUCUAACGAACCUCCGGCGGAACGUCGCAAAGCGAACUUCUUCGUGUACUGCUCGCAGUGCGAAAAGGUUUGCACCGGGAAGUUGCGCGUUCGGUGUGGCAUCUGCCGGAGCGGUGCCUUCACCGUGCACCGCGAUCCGGAAAGCUGGGACGAUGUGCUCAAGAAGAAGCGCAUCACGGGACACUGCGAAAACUAUGAGGUGCCUUGUGUGGAAAAUGAAGCCGGCGAUCCGCCGUUUACGGAGUUUUACUUCAAAUGUGCGGAGCAUUCGUCCAGGGGAGAAACGGACUUUGCGGCUCCGUUGAAUCUGAUCAAAACGAACCACAAAGAUAUUCCGUGCAUUGCGUGCACGGACACGAGCGACACCGUCCUCGUUUUCCCGUGCGCGGCCGGCCACGUGUCCUGCCUGGACUGCUUCCGCCAGUACUGCGUGUCGCGGCUGCUCGAGCGCCAGUUCCUGGAGCACCCGACCCAGGGCGGCUACACGCUGCGCUGUCCGGUGGGCUGCGACGCGUCCUACAUCGAAGAUGUACACCACUUUAAGCUACUGUCGAAGGAACAGUACGACCGGUACCAGCGAUUCGCGACGGAAGAGUACGUGCUGCGGAACGGUGGCGUACUGUGUCCCCAGCCGGGUUGCGGAAUGGGGUUGCUGGUGGACGCAGACUGUCGCCGGGUGCAGUGCCAGAACGGGUGCGGGUUUGUUUUUUGUAGAAGCUGCUUGCAGGGUUACCACAUCGGGGAGUGUCUGGAGACGCCCACGGCGAGCUUGGGGACGGCGUCGGGGUAUUCUAUCGAUCCGCUGCGAGCUUCGGAGGCCCGCUGGGACGAGGCGUCCAAGAUUGCCAUCAAAGUGACGACGAAGCCGUGUCCGCAGUGCCGCACUGCGACGGAACGGGACGGCGGCUGUAUGCACAUGGUGUGCACCCGGUCCGGCUGCGGGUACGAGUGGUGCUGGGUGUGCCAGACGCCGUGGACUCGCGACUGCAUGGCGGCCCAUUGGUUCGGAUGAGCGGAAAAGAUAUUGUUUAUUUUGUCUAUUUAUUUUGCACAACUUUAUUGAGAUUAGUCGAAAUUGCAAGUGAUAUACGAUUUAUUUUAUGAAAUAUAAAUAUUUUCCAUCA